CCUGCUACCUCUCUUACCUCAUCGCAACGAGGAACACGCCUGAUUCUUCACCCAAGACCACUCUCGGUCUCCUCGAGACAUCGCCGUUUUGUCUGCGGUUUUCACCAAAAUAUCACCAUUGCGCAUCUUGCCCCACUCGUAAACCGCGCACGUCGCUUGAGUCUCCUCCACCCCUCGCUGUCAUGUCGUCCUCGUCGCCCCAGCUCAACGGCCAACCUCUGCGAUCGGCCAUGAAGGUUGACGACGAUAACGACAAGCCAUCCUCGGCCACCGCCCCUGGGAAAGUCGUCCAAAUCGCCGAGCCAGAGGCUGACACCGCCCCGCUGCCGCCCAACCCACCAUCUGCUGAUCAUCAGGCUCAUCACAAGAGGCAGUACGCCGCCAACAUGGCCAAGAGACUGACCGGCCGUAUGGGUCUCACCUCGUCAUCUCGAUCCUCCCCGGUCCUGGAGCCAUCAUCGCAACCUCCAUCCUCCGCCGACGAUUCUUCACCUGCAGGAGGCCCUGCCCCCGCCAUCGCCCAGCAGCACCACCAUCAUCGCCAUGGCCAGAAGCACUACUACGAGAGCCAGAAGCUGCUCGCUCAGCUCCAUGACUGGCUGGAGCACGAGCGCAAAAAGAAGGCCUCUCGCAAGACUAAGACCUCAUCUCGUCGCCGCUCGCCCCAUUCCAAGCCUAAGAAGGAGCUGUCACCGGCCCCCGAACCUGCAGCCGCUGCAGAGGCAGCAGACCCGGCGAUGCCUCGUUCUCGCUCCGACUCGAUCGAUUCCGACUCGAGCGACGUUUCGUUCGACAGGCUGCAGAAAAUCAUCGAGGACAGCAUGGCAUCCAUGGGCAUCAACUCGGUUCCUCAGAUGGCCCCCAAGGUUGGCAGGCGCCCUUCCGCCCGUCUCAGGAAAUCGCAGUCGCGCAGCUUGCUUCAAAGAACGGCGAGCUCCGACACCGACUACUUUGGCGACGACGUCGUCGUGCCCACGUGCGAUGCUGUCCUUGACAACUCAAAGACUCUCAGCUACAACGGCGGCGGCAAAAGCACCGACGACUUGACCCUCGGCCACAAGGCAGACGACAAGGAAAAGGCCUGGGCCACGUUCAAGAACGAGAUCGUGCGCCUGACCCACACACUCAAGAUCAAGGGGUGGAGAAGGGUCCCUUUGGACAGCGGCAACAGCGUCAUUGUGCAGCGCCUCAGCGGAGCCCUGACCAACGCCGUUUACGUGACGGGCAAGAAACCCCCGCCGAAGCUCCUCCUGCGCAUCUACGGCCUCGAGCACCUCAUCGACCGCGAGAACGAGCUCACCGUGCUCCGGAGACUAGCGCGCAAGAAGAUCGGCCCCAGGCUCCUCGGGUGCUUCACCAACGGCCGCUUCGAGGAAUACUUCAACUCCAUCACCCUCACCCCCAGCGACUUGCGCGAGCCCGAGACCUCCAAGCAGAUCGCCAAGCGCAUGCGCGAGCUGCACGUGGGAAUCGACGUCUUGGACCGGGAGAAGGACGAGGGCCCCGCCGUGUUGAAGAACUGGGACACCUGGCUGCGCAACGUCGAGAAGAAGAUCCUGGCCCUCGACGAGAGUGUCCGGAGGGGCAACAGCGUGUUCCGAGGCUCCGGCUACGUCUGCGGCGUCGAGUGGCAGCAGUUCAAGGAGCUGUACGACAAGUACCGCGAGCUAGUCAUCAAUGCCUACAAAGGCCCCCAGGAGAUCCGCGAGCGUCUUGUCUUUGCCCACAACGACACCCAAUACGGCAACAUCCUGCGCAUGCGGCCCGACGACGAGAAGUCGCCCCUGCUGCAGCCCGCCAACGAGCACAAGCAGCUUGUCGUCAUCGACUUCGAGUACGCGGCCGCCAACGUCCCCGGCCUGGAGUUCGCCAACCACUUCACCGAGUGGGCCUACGACUACCAUCACGAGACGCUGCCCUUCCGCUGCAACACGGUCCGCUACCCGACCAUCCAGGAACAGCGCCGCUUCCUCAAGGCCUACGUCGAGCACCGCCCGCUGUUCUCUCACGGUGGCGCCUCCACUCCGCGUCUCGCCGCCACCGACGUUCCCGCCGGCAGCACCACCCCGGCCCUCCUGCCGACCAGCUCCUCGAGCUCCAUCGUCGAGUUCAUGCUCGACGCCCGCGUGCCGCCGAACCACUGGAAGGAGGAGGAGCGCCGCGCCGAAGAGGCGACCGAGGCCGAGGUCAAGGAACUGUACGAGGAGACGCGUCUGUGGCGCGGCAUCAACAGCGCCCAGUGGGUCGCCUGGGGCAUCGUCCAGGCCAAGGUGCCCGGGUUCGAGUCCCCGGAGGAGAUUGAGCAGCAGGAGAGGCAGGCCCAGAGCGAGGCCGCCGCAGCCGCCGGCGACGCCGAGGCCAAGGCCGAGGUCCAGGCCGCCGCAGACGCCAAGGACGAGGGCGACGAGUACGACUACCUGAGCUACGCCCAGGACCGCGCCUUCUUCUUCCUCGGCGACUGCGUCAUCAUGGGUCUUGUACGCAAGGAGGAGCUCCCCGAGGACGUGCAGAGCCGGCUCAAGAUUGUGGAUUUCUGAAGGGGGGGGGAUGGCAAGCAAGCAAGCAAAGUUGGGUUAACGUACCCAAACCUUGUGUGACCUCCAAUAUCCGGUGAGGUGGGGGGAGGGGGGAACUGUUUGUUCACGUAGUUCCAACACAUUUAGAUUGUUUGGAGGCACAUUACACAGCAUAGCACAGCAAAGCACAGCAAAGCCGA